ACAUUAUCCCUACAAGGCACUCAGUGACUCAUCGGGAACACUCAUAGAAAAGGUUCCCUACACGUUUAUUAAAACUGAUAUAGACUUCUGUUGGGUUUUUGUAGAAACUUUACUAGUAUAGCGAUUACGUAAUACAGAUAGUUUGGCAUAGAUGGCGGUAUCGGUCACUAGGCAAAGAACAGAACUUCAAAUUCGGGGUGUCGUCGCGAGUUCAUUAAUUCCACAUAUUGAAAAAAAUAUAAAAGUUGUUUUAUUGGAGUUUUGGACAGUAAAAAAAUUAUUGUAGUUUUAUAAUAGUGUUCACUUUGACUCGGAUUAUGGCUAGAAAAAGAUUAUUUGAGGAAGAAAUUAUACAUUUCUUGACUAUACCAUCGGGUAGCGAAGAUGGCGAAGAUUCUUCUGCAGCCGACAGUGAUGAAGAUACUGAAAGAUUACGAUCCACUCUUAGCUUUUUGCCAGAAUCACUUAAUGACAUGGAAGCAAAUCAAUGUCCUUCUACUAAUGAAGAUACAAGUCACGAAAACAGACAUGAACCAAGCCCUCGACCCAGUACUUCGGGUGCAAUUUCAGAGCCCACUGCAGGUAUUGUUCAACCGUCACCAACAGCCAGACAAUCUUCGACUUUUGUGAGUAUUGCCACAUCUAACAGAACUAAAACCAAGGUCUCUUGCUCUCAAAGAAAAAAAAGGAAGUUCAUCUGGAAAAAGAAGUCUUUUCAACCAGUUCUGCCUCAGUUUACUGGAAACACAAUUUUACCGCCAUCGAUUUCACAAUUUGAAACACCCUUACAAUAUUUUCUAUGGUUUUUUGAUAAUGAAUUAUUAGAACACAUCACAGAAGAAAUGUACAAAUUUAGCAUCCAAAAAAAUGUUUCGAAGCCAUUUCAUAUUUCAGUGUCAGAGUUAAAAAAGUUUUUAGGUAUAUGUUUGACCAUGAGCUUAGCACCACUGCCAAAUAUACGAAUGUAUUGGGCAAGUGAACUGGGCAUACCGUUGAUAAUGGAGACAAUGCCAAUUAAUUAUUUCAAAAAAAUCUGCCAGUACUUACAUUUUAAUGAUAAUUCAUUGCAACCACCUUCAGGUUCGCCAGGCUAUGAUCGUCUACACAAAAUCAGGCCUUUAUUGGAAACACUGAAGAAAAAGUGUCAAAGUAUACCAAAAAGAGAAGCGUUGUCAGUCGAUGAGCAGAUGUGUGCGACAAAGGCUUCAAAUUUUCUACGACAAUACCUUCCGAACAAGCCACAUAAAUGGGGGUAUAAGCUGUUCAUACUUUGCGAUGAUCGUGGGUUUGCUUACGACUUUGAAAUUUAUUCGGGGAUGGAGAAUGAUCCUAAUCUUAGAUCCUCAACUGAACCAGACUUAGGAGCAAGCGCAAAUAUUGUCGUACGUCUAGCAAGGUUCAUACCCAGAGACCAACAAUAUAAAUUAUACUUUGAUAAUUAUUACACAUCGCCAGAAUUAAUUUCAUAUUUGUCAAAACAAGGUAUACAAUCAUUGGGAACCCUGAACAAAGGUCGGUUGGGAAAAGAUCUAAACAUACCAUCUCUAAAAGAUCUGAAAAAAGAUAAGAUCGAUAGGGGAUCCUCCGAGGAAUGGGUGGCUAAUGUUGAUGACACAGAGAUUGCUACUAUAAUGUGGUACGAUAACAAGCCAGUUGUGCUCUCAUCAUCGUUUGUGGGACGAGAGCCAGUACAUCAAGUGAAGAGAUAUUGCAAAAAAGCUAAAAAAUAUAUUUAUGUUGAUUGUCCUCAAAUAGUGAAAAUUUAUAAUCAGCACAUGGGAGGUGUCGAUCUGCUCGACUCAUUUCUGGGUAAAUAUAAAAUAAAAAUAAGAACCAGAAAAUGGUAUUUGAGAUUAUUUUACCACCUUCUAGAUGUUGUGGUUAUAAAUAGUUGGUUGCUAUACAGACGAGUUGGAGAGCAGAACGGGACACCAACCCCUCUAAAACUGAGAGACUUCAAGUUUGAAGUUGCAAAAAGUCUCUGUAUGUCUGGUCUAUCGAUGAACAAGAAAAGAGGUAGACCAUCAUCUGCGUCUACUGAAAUUGAGCUGAAAAGGACUAAGCGUAAUACUGCAAUCCUGCCUCCUCCUGAUGUCAGAAGUGAUGGGUUUGAACAUUAUCCUAUUUGGGGUUUGAAACGUCAACGCUGUAAAUAUCCCGGAUGCAAAGGCAAAACUUUCAUUACAUGUGAAAAAUGUCGUGUGGAACUUUGCUUCUAUAAAGAUAAAAAUUGCUUUCGGAAUUUCCAUCAAUAGCACUGUUAUAAUUUUAUUUCGUUUAUUAUAUUUUUUUUUCUUUUUAAGGGCUUACAAUGAUAAUUAUAAAACAUGUUGUAUUAAUCAAAGUGGGGUAGUCCAUUUGUACUGAUUCGAUGCCAAAAAGUAGUAUUAAGGCACAAUGUACCUCAGCGGGAACCAAAUAAAAAAAAUAUAUUUCUACGUAAAUAUUUGGUUUUGAUUUUUUUUAUUAUUUUUCCCGGACUUCUAGUGGUAAACUAUAUAACAUACAUUUUACUCGAAAAGAAAAAAAAAAUCGUGCC